AUGACACUACGAUCAAAUCGAUCAAAAAUAGCCAAUUCUCCAUAUAUAAAAGAAAAACGUUCAUCAUCAGCUCAUUAUCAUUUUCAAUUAUCUCCAAGCACUAAUUAUAAUGAUAAUGGUGAACAUCAAUCUGAAACAGUAUUCGAUGAAUUGCAUUUGCAAGAUUCUCCUCAUGCAUUACAUAAAUAUCAACGACCUAUACUCGGUUUACAACAGUAUGAUGUAAAGGAACCAGCUAGUCAAAUCUUAAGACAAAGUGGAAUUUAUCGUGGUCCAGGAUUAACAACUGGCCAAAGACUAUACCUAUUAGAUAAAUGUCAUAUUUAUGAUAAUGAAGAGACGAAACGACGUCGUACAAAUGCUUAUUUACAAAUUUUAGCUAGACAAUUUGAAGGAGAUGCACGUUAUAAACCAGAAUUCCGCUUUAAUGAUCCACGAGAGUUUUUCAGUUAUACAAAAUUUAUAAAAACACCACGUCCAACAGCUCGUCCAGUCAAUACAGGUUAUUUUACACCUAGAAAUGCUCAUUCUUCUCGUCCAAGAACUGCCCAUAAUAAACAACAACAUUCAUAUACUCGUUCGAAUAAUUAUCUUGAUAAAAAUGAUUUUACUUAUACGUCAAAUUCAACAAAAGAAAAAAAUAGUACUAAUUCAUCACGCGCUAAUACUGGACAUGUUACUACUCAUCAUAUUCGUCAAGAGCCAAAAUCAGCACAAAGAAUUUCUGUUAAAUCAUCAUAA